AAAAUAAAUAGUUAACCCGACCCGGACCCGGAGAUCAUUUUCGUUGUUAUCAAUAUAAUACAGAAGAACAAAAAAAAAAAAGAAGGCAAAAUUAGAGAAGAAAGCCAAAAAAAAGGGCUCUCUCAGCCUCUCGUCACCACCACUUAACCUCUCCAGAAGAAUCCACAGAGUGAGAGAGAGAACAGAGAAGAAGAAGAAGAAGAUGGGUUUGAUAUCAGCCAAAGAGACGAAGAACAACAAUAACAAUAGAGGAACGGGUUUGCUCUUAGUCUUCUUCCCUGACCACCACAGCAACAACACCAACGAUGAUUCUCCUAAUUCUUCGUCUUCUCCGGCAGCAACGACUCUCUUACGCUCCAGAUCUUCGCGUCUUCUCCUCUCCAAAGCUCAAUCGACAAUCUCAAUCUGCAUUCUCCUCCUCUUCCUCACUCUCUUCCUCUUCACUCUCUCCACCUUCGAGCCUUCCUCUGGUUUUCCCGCCGUUUCUUCUCGUCCUCACCGUCGCUUUCUCCUCAACCGCGACAUCCUCGCCUCUCAGUCUCGUCGCCGUUUCAACCGAUUCGCUCUCCAAGGCAUGGGUACUCUGUUUCUCCGAGGGACCAAGAGCAUGCACGGUUUGAUCGUCGCUCACCUCCCCUCCGAUGCGACGGAGGAUGAUCUCCGCCUCUUCAUGCGCCUGCUCCAUCGCUCCGGUGCCACUUCCAAAUCCGACGUCGUUUUGCUCUUCAAUUCGCCUUCCUCUGGUUCGAGAUUCGCCGGAUUGAUCGAAGAAGAGAACGAAUCCUUCUUAAAACUCGUCGAUGUUCAUCGCAGCAAUUCGAAUUCGUCGAAUCAAAUCGAUUCGGUUUGGGGAUUCAGUCUGGCCAAAUUCAUGAAGAAGCAAUCGAGCAAGAAGGAGACAUCAUCAUCGUCAUCGGAGCCUAUCUGGGGGAAGAAGACUCACAGAGCUACUACUAAUUUCAACGAUUCGUCGUCGUCGUCGAAUAAUAACAAUAAUAAAAAUAACUCGAGCGAGUCAAACGAGUUGACUCAUGGCUCUGUAGUGGGGUUCGACGUGACUGAGUUGGAUCCUGAAAACUCGCUGUCCGGGUUCAUGGACCACGUUCCGAUAAGCAUGAGGAGGUGGGCGUGUUACCCAAUGCUGCUUGGUCGAGUAAGGCGCAAUUUCAAACACGUUAUGCUUGUCGACGCUAAAACCUCCUUGUUCCUCGGCGACCCGUUUACCCGGAUUCGUAACCGGAGCCCCGAGUCAGUCCUCUUCUUCUCCAAACACAGCGGCAAGAAAGCCUCCGAGGUCAACCCGGCGAUUCUGAUCGGGGGAGCCAAAGGGAUGAGGAGGCUGUCGAGCUCGAUGCACACCGAGAUUGUGAGAGCGACGAUGCAGCAGCACAAGAAGAAGAGCUCUGUUACGGAAUCGGCUGUGCUGAGUCAGCUCGUUGGGAAUGUGCACAUGGUGAAGAACUUUGAAGUGGUUACGAGUGAGCCGUCGGUGGUGGCGGAAGCGAGUUCGCUAGCUGAGUUGAGGACGAGAAACUCGGCGGCGUCGUCGUCGAUAAAGGAUCACGAUAUAAUACAGCGUGGUAAUGGUAAUGGUAAUCAUAUUAGUGAUAUAAUUAUGAAACGUAUUUGUUCAUGUGAAUUAGAUUCUUCUGUUUAUAAUUACUGUUAGCAUUAUUAUUUCAUUUAAAACUUUAAACAAAAAAAAAAGAUAGGGAAAUUUUUGUUUCUUUUUGUUUAUGUACACAUUUGACAUUUGUUAUGUUCGUAGAUUUUUUUAGUUAUGGGUUCACGGAUGUUUUUAUUAGUGUGUCCACGUUCUGUAUUCAUUAUUGAUUUGGUCUCUUUCGAUAAUUAAUCAUUGAUCAAAUCAGGAAAAUAUAAGUGUUUUUUUUUUUUU